AUGACCAGGCUAUCCUCUAUCCUGGGCCUGGUAGCUCCCAUUUUUAUGGCUGCUACUCCAGCUACUGCCCUUGACAUGGAUUUCACAGAUACAACCUCCAGAAAUGAAGGCCUUUAUCUCAUUGCUAAAGGUCUCAUGGACUACUAUACCGGUAACGAUACCGGUCAAUCCCCAGGAAUGUUCUCCAACCCUUACUACUGGUGGGAAGCCGGCGCCGCUUGGAACUCUAUGCUCGAUUACUGGUUUUACACGGGUAACGACACCUGGAACGACGUUCUCAAAACAUCCCUCUUAUACCAAAUUGGUGACGAUUGGAACUAUAUGCCCUCAAACCAAACUACAACAGAAGGUAAUGAUGAUCAGGGUUUCUGGGGUAUUACCGUUAUGGCAGCUGCUGAAAAAAACUUUUCAAAUCCUUCUAGCGAGUGGCCUUCCUGGGCUUAUCUCGCUCAAGCCGUUUUCAACACCAUGGCCUGGAGAUGGGACACAACUUACUGUAACGGUGGUCUCCGCUGGCAAAUCUUCACUUGGAACAAUGGAUACAAUUACAAAAAUACCGUUUCUAAUGGCUGUCUCUUCCAUAUGGCUGCUCGUCUCGCUAGAUAUACCUCCAAUGAAACUUACGUUCAAUGGGCAGAAAAGGUUUGGGACUGGGUCACGGAUGUUGGCUAUAUUAACACAUCAAGUUCCACCGCAUGGCCCGUUUAUGACGGUGGUUACAUCUCAGAUAACUGUACCGAUGUCUCCAACUUGGAAUGGACUUACAACUCUGGUCUCUUCAUUGCCGGAGCAGCUUACCUUUACAACCACACAGGAGAUCAAAAGUGGCUUACCCGUCUUGAAAGCGUUUGGGGUCGUUCAAAAGUCUUCUUCAUGGCCAACACCAAUGUCAUGUAUGAAGCUGCAUGUCAACCUACUCUCCGAUGCAAUAAUGAUCAGCGUUCUUUCAAGGCUAUUUUCUCUCGUUUCCUUGGUCUUGCCAGCUUGAUGGCACCCCCCUUGAAUGACGAAAUUCAAUCCUAUCUUUCAGCAUCCACCCCCUACGUUCUUCAGUCUUGCUCUGGUGGUUCCGAUGGCCACACAUGUGGUCUCGACUGGUCAUACUCGGGCUGGGAUGGCUACUAUGGUUUGGGUGAACAAAUGUCUGCCCUAGAAGUCCUCCUUAACAGAUUGGUCUGGACUAAGCCUGGACCUCUUACUUUAACUUCAGGUGCAACAUCUGAGCAAAACUCCUCUGCUGGUAGCUCUCUUACUACUGCAACUGUUUCUAAUGAUAUUGUUGUUGAAAGCAAGGACCGUAUUGGUGCCGGUUUCAUCACGGCCUUUGUAUUGAUUUUGCUUCUUAUUUCUGCUUGGUGGAUGAUUAUUUAA